AAGCCAAACCUCCACAACACCGGCUAAAUUUCCGUUUGACCAAAGAUCAAUCCUUGUAACGCGUCGCUGAAACCUAGCUUAAAGCUAACGUUCUCCAUGUCCGCCUAUUGUUCAGAUUUCUGUGUUUGUCUCCUCUCUGGUGUGACUAAGACGGUUUUAAGGUAAGCCCUGAUCAAUUGGGCUGUAAGGUGAUUAGCCACUAUAUCCACGCUGAGAAAAGGGACAGGUAGACUUCUCAAACCAACAGACGAUAAGAAACCGCGUGCCACGUCGAGCCAAUCAACAGCUGACAAAGAAGCAACACGAUUUGAUUGUCUGCCAAGCCUAAACUUGUACACUGGAGGUGGUUAACAGAGCAACGUUUGACGAGACGACAGCACAGGCCAAACUUCACAAACAGCUCCAUCAUCGGACACCAGAAAUAUCGCUGAUGGACACGGAGUCACAGAUAAAAGUUGAGCCAUUAAGUCCGGAAGCGUUCCAAUCAAACGGAGAAAAAUGUUUAUCUGUGUCGCCAGAGGGCGACACCAGACCUCACGGCUUCACAGACAGCACAAACUCUCUAACGUAUCAAAAUGUGUCCAUGCCGGUAUUUCCCAGCAUGCCGUAUGCUUCGUCAUACUCGUAUAUGAGCAAAGCCCCGGAACAGCCCAAACGGGACAACCAGUAUGAAAACCAUGGCGCCAUUGAAAUGAAUUCCAACGCCGCUUUUCCGCACAAACCAGCAAUAGUGGGGAAGAAAUCGCACCUCCCUAAGCGCUAUAAGUGUGCUAUGUGUGCCUACCGGACCCGCUACAAAUCAGACCUAAACAGACACGUACGCAAACAUGCAAUUGCUACAUUUAGUUGCGAUAUUUGUAAUAUGCCAUUCAAAACGAUUGGAAAUGUAGAAUUUCACAAACGAAAAGAGCAUGUGCUAUUAGUGGAAGAGCAGCCACCCAAAGAAAUAUUAAAACAUGCUUGUAAAAUGUGCACGUAUGCAACCAUGUAUAGCUCGGAUCUAACACGCCACGUCCGCAAACAUUACAUUGCUAAAUUUCACUGCACAUUGUGCAACAAGCCCUUCAUGACGUCGGGGAGUUUAGUGCAUCACAAAAGAUCCGCACACGGUGUCCAAGACGUGGAAGUGGUGAUGGGGCUGGAAGGAGUCGAGUCUGUGAAACAGACAGGUGGAGAAAUCCACAGCGAUCCCGAAAUGAAUGAUGAAAAACAAUCGGACAUAAACGGAAACAUGAACAGCUCGGAGCGUGAAGAUUCCUUGGGAGAACAACAACGUAUUGGAUCCGGAGAGAAGAGUUUUCAUAUCGAGAAUAAUAAAUGUGAAGAAGAUGGCGAUUCUGAGCCACAAGGAGGCUACAAUUACGAAGACCCCGACCUAGAGACGACCGAAAUGAUGGCAAUGGAUAGCGACAGCGUUAUGAGCAAAUCAGACGAACAGACUAAACUGAACAUCGAAGAAAACAAACAUAUAUGUCCAUACUGCGAAAAAUCUUUUGGAAGGAAACUUGUUCUAGACCACCAUCUGAAAAAUGUUCACAAGAUAUACGGACGAAAUGAGGAGGUAGGGGAUUAUGUUGAGUACCCAGACGAUUACGAUUUGGCCCUCGAUAUGUCCAUUCAAGAGCUGGAGAACUCAACAUCUGCCGAUCAGACCUCGAAAACCAUCAACGCCAGUAACGGUAACUUCCGCCACAAAUGCCCAUUCUGUGCGUAUGCGACAAAUUACAAAAGCACGUACGACCGUCACGUGAGGAAGCACGAGCUCGCUUGUCACAUCUGCAAUGUGUGUAGGAUGCCAUUUAUCACGUUCGGUCAUUUACAGCGCCACAUUCGAGAUAACCACCCAGACCAUAACCAACAGAUAUCAGAAAAAGAAAUAACGGUCGAAAAGCAUAAAUGUGCCUACUGCAGUUUUGAGGCAGAGAAUCUGAAUCAACUGCGAAAGCACAGCGACACGAUUCACAAUAGACAGAUAAUGCAGGAGAUUCAAAGACCAAAUAACGGCGGGUUCAAGGUCACGUCUCUCGUGAAGGCUGUAGACGAAAAAGACGAUAAAAGUAUGGGCGUACCCGAGCAUCUGUCUGCUUGUUCCCAUCAUGACAAACACCCAACUCCCAUGGAAGAUGGCGUGUUGACGCAAGCUCCAAAUACGGGAAGGUUUGCCAAACUGGUAUCGGACUUCGAUGAUUUCGCUCAGAGACCAUAUGCUUGCUCUCUGUGCUUUUACAGGACAGCCGACAUAUCAGAACUAGUAAAACAUGCAGAGAACCACUUGACCGGAUGUAAUGUAACACCUGUACCCGAGACCGCGCGGUUUACCAUGGAAACUCUAAACAAAUCAUGUGCUGCAUUAGGCAUGACGGCAGGUAUUUCCACAUCAACUCACAACAGUAAAAACCUCGAUACAUCACAAGAGCAAAUGUUCGAAUCUGUAAGGAUAAAAAGCGAGCCUUUUGGAGUUCAGAUCAAAAAACGACCUCAGGGAACAGUUGGACAAACUAUGUCACGUGCACAGCAAAGAAAACAGUUCUCGUUCUUGAAGCACAAAGAGUCCGGGUCUGUCGAUCGCCUCAUUCCGACAUUUUCUGUCCACUAUCGAAAAGACAAAACCAACAUUACUCGCCCUUACCUGUGUUUACUGUGCAGAAAACGCUUCAGGCACCUGACGAUCCUAAAGCAACAUUUCAUGCAAAUGCACAACGAGGCAGUACCCACCAACAAGACAUUUGAAUGCAAACAAUGUUCGCGACAAUUUAAUACUCCUAUGGCGCUGCAGGAGCAUUACGAGCAGAAGCACUGAUCGCCUUUAUAAUUAUCCUCUGGUCUGUUUGAUUAGUCUUGGUGCUAUACAGAAUACGGUUGAUUACAUUCCAUUUCAUAUGAUAAUUUUAUCCAUUGUUUUAUUCUAUAUAUAUUUUUUUUUUUAUCACAGAACAAUUUAUAUCUACUUACAGUGAUUGCUUUACAUUCAUGAAAAUUCGAUUGGAUGUAUGGUUUUUUUUUAUAUAUAUACUGAAGAAAUAAAUUCUCCUAUUAUUUCAAUGUU